AUGCGUUCAUUAAUUCGCUACCGAUGGUUCAGCAGUGGAGCUGCAUCAGAUCAAGAGAUAUUGCCACGUAGCUCCAUUCGACGAAUAAAACAACCCAGUUCAGCCAACAAACCUGCCCGCGAGAAUCCACAUACCAACGACCAACAGAAUGGUGCACGAAUGAACGAAAUGAACAUUCAGAUGCUGUCCGCGGCGUUAUACCGUCAAGUUUUUCCCAAUUAUCCCGUACAACCUACUUCCAGCAAUCCAGCGCUAGUGCAGCCAUUACGAGACGAACUGUUACGCCACGGUAUUGACGUUUCCAAACCGGUGCUAUUACCCGAGGUGGAUUUGAAACUGCCACCGCUACGUGGUGCUAACAUAGAAGACCACUUUCAUUCCAUUGCCGAAGAGCAGUGUGCACCUUAUCGAAGGACGAUCGACCAGCUUCCGGCAACAACAUCACCCAUCCCAACCACGUGGUUGCGAACACCCGGCUGGACGCGGUAUGAUCCGGUAACGGGGGAACCGUGUGCGGUUCCCUACCCCGACGAGCCUGCGCUUGUAUUCGACGUGGAAGUAUGUGUACGCGCAGGACAGGCUCCUGUUAUGGCAACCGCAACCGGCACCAGCGGUUGUUGGUACUCCUGGACGAGUGCUUCGCUGACAACGAACAUUCGUGAACGAGAACACACUGGAGAGAAGGCGCAUUACCAGUUAAGGGACCUGAUACCCCUUGAGCCAGAUCUGGACACUAAUGAUGCGGGUCAAUUCGAGCGGCCACGUGUCAUUAUCGGUCACAACGUGUCGUACGAUCGGGCACGGACACGCGAACAAUACUGGCUGGAACCGACGGCAGUCCGUUUCCUCGACACGAUGUCCUUACACGUGUGCGUUAGCGGUAUUACGAGCUACCAGCGUGCGAUGUUGAAAUCCAGCAAGCAACUACUCCCAGAGGACACGGACUGGAGCGAACGAAGCGCCCUCAACAACCUGGCUGAUGUCUACGCACUUUACUGUGGUGGCCAGCUAACAAAAACCAAACGUGACACUUUCGUGGAAGGUUCCCUAGCGGAUGUGCGGGCGGAUUUCGAUAGUCUAAUGAGUUACUGCGCUGAAGACGUGUUAGCGACGAAAGCGGUACUCCUGCAGCUGUGGCCAUUGUUCCUCGAACGGUUCCCACAUCCGGCCACACUAGCCGGCAUGCUUGAGAUGGGCAGCGCGUAUCUACCGGUAAACGGCAACUGGUCCCGGUACCUAACCGAAGCUGACCUCGCGUACGAGGAUCUUGAUCUGGAAGCGAAACACCUGCUGGCACAGCGAGCCGAUAGUGCAUGUGCUCUAGCGCACGAUGCCGCCUACCGGAAGGAUUUGUGGCUGUGGGAUCAAGACUGGAGCGUGCAGGAGCUCAAACUAAAGGCGACCAAAACGAAGCGUCCCGUUAAGCAGCCACCGGAACGUGAACAACCAGCGGAAACCACGGAGGACAGUGAAGAGAACCGGUUGGCGGGAAAAUUCGCGUAUCUUUACGAGCUGGCAGAUCGGUUGCCUGCGAGAAGACCCCUGCUACCUGGUUACCCGGCAUGGUAUCGUAAUCUCUGCUCCAAACCAACCGCGGAAGGUUGGUGUCCGGGACCUGCCGGGAAGCUUGGAACCGGUAUGCAGAUUGCACCAAAACUGCUGUCCCUCAGUUGGGAAGGAUACCCGUUACAUUACGUGCGUGGUCAUGGUUGGGGAUUUUUGGUUCCGUACAAACACGAGCGAGAUGAAAACGCAACGGACGCGGAACCGGAACUUCCGCUCGAGCAGCUAAUCGCUGCCUGUCCAGUGGUGGAACUCCAGCAACCCGGUGCCACGCGGAACGAGAGUACGGAAGCCCUGCACCAACUCGCGCAACACGUUGAGCAAACGAUCAGCAGGAAAGAUUACUACCGAGCGGCUUCCAAACGGUCGCAAAACCGCUACACCGGUUCGGGUGUUUGGUGUAACGUCGAUCUGGCCGGUUGUUGCCACUUCCUGAAGCUUCCGCACAAGGACGGCGCGGGGCAUCGUGUUGGGAAUCCGCUUUCGCGUGACUUCCUUGCGAAGUUCUCCGAGAACGUGCUCGCAGGUGACGGACGUGCGGCUCAACGUGUCGUUGAAAUCGCCCGGAUGUUGUCGUAUUGGCGCAACAAUCGGGACCGGAUUCGUGGCCAGCUGGUUGUGUGGUACGGCACGGGAAUGGGUGCGAUCCUGCCGCAGGUGGUCGUGUGUGGGACGCUCACUCGCCGUGCGAUGGAACCAACCUGGAUGACGGCGAGUAAUGCCCAACGGGAACGCAUUGGAUCGGAACUCCGCGCGAUGGUGCAAGCUCCGGAUGGGUUUCGGUUCGUCGGUGCUGAUGUCGACAGUCAGGAGCUUUGGAUUGCGUCCGUCCUGGGUGAUGCGGAUGUUGCGGAAACCCUAGCAAAACGGGGAAAGGAUAGUGGCCAGCUGCACGGUGGAACACCCUUCGGUUGGAUGACGCUAAGUGGCACUAAAGCGAGCCGUACGGACAUGCACAGCGUCACGGCACAAGCCGUUGGGAUCUCACGUGACCACGCGAAGGUGCUGAAUUACGCGCGCAUUUACGGUGCCGGUCAGCCAUUUUCUGAGCGGCUGCUGAAGCAAUUCAAUCCCACGCUCACCGACGCCGAGGCACGCUCGAAAGCGGCGAAAAUGUUCACCCUUACGAAGGGCCGCCGGGUGUUCCGGAUGCGGGACCACGUGCGGGAACAACACGCGGGACAUCCGGUGCAUUCUUCCGCGUACGAAGCGCUUCGGUUAGCGCGCGUUUACAACCGUGCGGUUGGGGAGUUGUUUGAACCGCCGCGUUGGAUCGGUGGUACGGAGAGUGCGAUGUUUAACCGGCUUGAAGAGAUCGCCGGAUGUGAGCAACCGGUUACGCCCUUCCUUGGUGGUCGGUUGAGUCGAGCCCUUGAACCUCGACCGGGUGGUGAGGAUCGGUUCCUUCCAACGCGCGUUAAUUGGGUCGUUCAAAGCGGUGCCGUCGACUUCCUACACCUGAUGCUCGUGUGCAUGCGCUGGUUGAUGGGUGGCCAAUCCGGUGGUCGGUUACGAUUCUGCUUAAGCUUCCACGAUGAGGUACGCUAUCUGGUGCCGGAAGUGUACGCCAAUCACGCGGCAUUGGCCAUGCACGUGACGAAUCUGCUCACACGCGCGUUUUGCGCUCAUCGCGUCGGGUUCCGUGACCUACCCCAGUCGGUGGCGUUCUUUUCGUCGGUAGAGAUCGACCGGGUGCUCCGGAAGGAAUCCCAGCACGACUGCCGAACGCCCUCAAACCCACACGGAUUGCGCGUUGGUUACGAGAUCCCGGACGGUGAAUCACUGGAUAUCUACCAAACCAUAACCAAACUCGGUCCGAUUGGGUGUGACAUGGCCAGCUGGGAGUGGCACCGGGCGAUAAAAUCGAACGCAAGCGAUGGAAAACCCUAG